AUUUGUUCCCUUUUCCCCUUGGAGCCUGGUACUGCUGGAGGUUUCUUCCUUUAUAAAGCGUUUUCUCUCCACCGUUGCUAUUUACCUUUAAAUAAAUAUUCAGUCACCUGCGACCUACGGAGGUCGCAGGUUUUUCCAGAGUUUUACAUGCUUGCUGUAAGUGAAAUACUUAAACUGAACGAAUGGACCAGGUCGCUUUCGCCGAUGCCUCGGUCGGUUCCUGGAGAUCAUUGCUUCACAGGCCAGUUUACCCUCCUUACGCAGGGACAGCUGCGUCAAGUCAGCUAGGGGAUGCACAGAUCGUACAGGAAGUAUAACAACAAUUUCAAAUUGUAAAAAGAGACUACAGUUGUUGCACGGGAAAUAUUAAUAUGGUAUGCAUGAAAGUGUUUUAAUACAACUCCUACUUUACCUUACUUUACUGUAAAGUAAAAUAGUGAUCAGGCCGUCUUUGUUCCUCGUUGAGGAUUUAUUUUGAAAUGUGAAAACGGAUGUGUAUUUUGUACUAUUUUUUAGCUUUACGCCGAUGUAGCUGUUGAAAACAAAGUACAGAGCUGCCGGCUCGCGUUGAUCGAACUCCUCGACGGCUUCGCGGAAACACCCUGUCCAAGACGAAUUUAUAACACAAUAUUUAUGGCCAAGUAACAGGGCCGAACGCGCCUUAGAGCCUACAUCCUCUUCACCUCCUUCCGGAGUCCUUCUUGUUUGUGUGCUUGAUGUCGAAUGAUUUCAGCCGGGAUCCCUCCAAACAAUCUCCGGUGGCUUGGAAAUGGCAACUGCUCUUAAUGGCCGAAAUGCUGGUGGCCGCGCACCAAACCAAAGCAAAGGAAGGAUUUUAGGCAUCAUUGAUGCCAUCCAGGAUGCUGUGGGGCAACCCAAACAGGCAGUUGCUGAUCGACGGACUGUGGAGAAAACCUGGAAACUCAUGGAUAAAGUUGUCCGACUUUGCCAAAAUCCCAGACUCCAGCUGAAAAACAGUCCGCCAUACAUUUUGGACGUCUUGCCUGAUGCCUACCAGCACCUGCGACUUAUACUCGGCAAAUAUGAAGAGAUCCAGAAACUGGCACAGCUCAGUGAGAACGAGUAUUUUAAAAUCUACAUUGACAGCCUCAUGAAGAAAUCCAAACGGGCCAUCCGGCUCUUCAAGGAGGGGAAAGAGAGGAUGUACGAGGAGCAGUCACAGGACAGGAGAAACCUGACCAAACUGUCUCUGAUCUUCAGCCACAUGUUGGCUGAAAUCAAAGCCAUCUUUCCAGGGGGACGAUUCCAAGGGGAUACCUUUAGGAUUACCAAAGCUGAUGCUGCUGACUUCUGGAGAAAAUCUUUCGAGGACAAGACAAUAGUACCAUGGAAAAUCUUUCGACAAUGUCUACAUGAACUCCAUCCAAUUAGUUCGGGCCUUGAAGCCAUGGCCCUUAAAUCUACCAUUGACCUCACCUGCAAUGAUUACAUCUCUGUGUUUGAGUUUGACAUCUUCACACGCCUCUUCCAGCCAUGGGGCUCAAUCUUAAGAAACUGGAAUUUCCUGGCAGUGACUCACCCUGGCUACAUGGCCUUCCUUACCUAUGAUGAAGUCAAAGCCCGACUACAGAAGUACAUCAACAAGCCUGGCAGUUACAUCUUUAGACUGAGCUGUACACGACUGGGCCAGUGGGCUAUUGGCUACGUGACUGGUGACAGCAACAUACUGCAAACCAUCCCCCACAACAAACCUCUGUUUCAGGCCCUCAUCGAUGGCUACAGGGAGGGUUUCUACUUGUUCCCUGAUGGUCGCAGUUACAAUCCUGACCUCACUGGUUUAUGUGAGCCAAUGCCUCAUGAUCACAUCAAAGUGACACAAGAGCAGUAUGACCUGUACUGUGAGAUGGGCUCCACCUUCCAGCUUUGUAAAAUUUGUGCUGAGAACGACAAAGAUGUCAAGAUUGAACCUUGCGGUCACCUUAUGUGUACUUCCUGUCUCACAGCCUGGCAGGAAUCCGAUGGUCAGGGCUGUCCGUUCUGCCGUUGUGAGAUAAAAGGUACAGAACCCAUCAUUGUUGAUCCCUUUGAUCCAAGACAUGAGGGCACCAAAUGUUUCUUCUUGGACCAGCAAAUCUGCCAAAUGCUCGAACUGGAUGAUGAAGAAGACAGAGAGGACUGUCUGGUCAUGAAUGGACUGGCUAAUAUCAGAAAGCACUGUGUCGAGCGCCAGAAUUCGCCCAUGAUGUCUCCCACCUCUUCACCUGUCAGCCAACACAGAAAGGGCCACGGAGGAGAUCUGGGACACUGCGUCCAGCACCUCAGCCUCCCUCCUGUCCCUCCCAGACUCGACCUUAUUCAGAAGGGUGCCAUCUGCUCCCCGUCUGCUAGUCCCACUAGCUCUCCGAAGUCUUCACCAGGCAUGUCCAGGAGAAAAGACAAGCCUCUACCGGCUCCACCUCCACCCCAGAGGGAACCUCCACUACCUCCACCUGAGCGCCCCCCUCCCAUACCAUCAGAGUCACGCCAAUUUUGGCUCCCCACUUCAUCUUCCACUUCUUCCUCAAUGUCGUCUUCCAGCAGUGGAAUGUCUGACCCACAGAUCCCCCCUGAGACACGCUGCCACAAAGACAGCAAUGUGACAGAAGCUGAAAAGCAGGCCCAGUUUGGGCCCAAUGGCCCUUCACACGGAAGACGACUCAGUUGUCCAUCUGCUGGAUCUGGGAAGACAUAUCACCAAAUGGAGGGGCCAAGACAUUCUGAGAACUGCAAGCCCUGUGUCAAGAACUUCGAGGAGCCUAACAGUAACACCCCUACCAGCAGCAGCAUCAUCCAUCUUGCUGCAGAACGACAGCACAGGGCCAUGAAGAUGAUGAAUGAUGACUAUCAGAUCCCUUCUUCGCAUCUGUCGCUGAGCCAGACUCCUGUCUGCAUAUUUUCACCCAGCAGGCACUUGGGUGAUGAAUCUUCUGAGUCCAGCACUGGUGAGAAGAAGCUGCACGCCCCUGAGCCUAGUGGAAACACAGAGGUGGCCGAAGCAUUAGCAUCAUUCCCCUCCAGCACCAUCACAACACCCUCUGACUAUGAUAUUUUGUUGCCCCCACAAGCAUUAGAAGACCCCUUCAACAGCCUUCCUCCUUCCCAGCCCCCUCCUCUGCCUCCCCCUCCUCCACCAGAGCGACACAGCUUCAUUGAUCUUCCCUGCUCGUUAUCCGCUUCAUCCUGCACCUUCUCCAUAUCUUCACACCGGCCCUCAUCUGGGCAUAACCAUUUGCUAUUAACUUCUGACAAAGCGCUGGACAUUCUGAACAGUGCUGCUCCUCCACCUCCAACCAGAUGGCAAACAGAAAAUGUUAAAGGAUCCAGAGGUGGAUCCAAGCAUGAUCGUCUAUCAUCUCAAGUUUCCUUAGAGUGUUUGCAGGCCCCUUCCAGGCCCCCUAAGCCUCUCCCAAGGAGGAUUACUCCAGACGUUCAUGCAGGGAGACCGCAGAACCUGGAGUCAGAGAGCACAGAUGCAAAGAUUGCCCAGCUGAUGGGUGAGGGAUACUCCUUCGAAGAAGUGAAGCGAGCAAUGAUGAUUGCCCAGUACAAAGUGGAUGUGGCUCGAAAUAUUCUCAGAGAAUUUGCUUUAGUGGCUCCAAGACUGAACCUGUAAUUCCCAAGCCAUAAAGCUGUGCUGGAAUGGGUAUAAUAAAAGGGCUUCCUCAUUCUGCCUGGCUUUUCCCAACAGUGUCUAAAACGAAAAGAUGUACGAAGCAAGACCAAGGGAAAAUAAUAUGGUAAUAUGUGGUGACAGGAAGCAGUAGCUUGUUGUUUACAAUGGGCUUUAAAUUAUUGUGACAUGCUGCUUCUACAUACUGCAACCCUCCAGACUGGUAGGUUCUCUGCUCCAGAGAACCAGGUGGUUUCAGCUACCUGGUAUUGUCAUUGGCACUUACACCCAGUGGGGGGAGCCAAACCCCACACUUCUGACUCCCUUCAGGGUCUGUGCUUGACUGCUGUGCUUCUCUUCCCUUUGUUGUUGCCUUUUACAGAGUAUGUACCUUACUGUUUGCUGAGUCUGAGUAACUCAACAACAAGCUCUGGUGAGUGAGUGGUUUGAUGGAUCCAGAGGAAGCUUUAUUGAUUUAUGUCUCAUCAUCUGAGGUCUUGUGUUACUUGACCAAAGAUUUAGUUCAGUGGUAACUCAACAAGCUUUAUUUGUUUUUGAAGGUGUUCCUCCUUCAUCCACAAGGCUUCUUGAGUACUGACUGACUGACUGACUGACUGACUGACUUACUGACCACCGACUCAUGGACAGGCCUCAUUUUCAACUCCAUGCUCCAGCUUAUAGACUGCCAUGUAUAAUCUGACUGUUUUAGAGCUUCUGAUCCUGUGGCUGCUUUUACUUGUUCAACUGGGUUUCACAUAAUCAAGGCUUCUUAGAACUGAACAGUGUUUGAUUCAUCUUCCUUCAAAAACAAAAGUUGAUCAUCUUUGAGAACAAAGAAAAUUAUGGCAUUACCUCAAAUAACCUCUUAUGAGUAUUAAAGCACAUUUUAAGUCAACUGA